CGACUAGAGGCCAGGCGAAGGGGCGGGGUUUCCGGCAGCUGCAGCGCUCGGGCGGCGGGUGACGCUGGGAGGACGAGUCGUCACGUGACACGGAAGUGACUCCGAACAGGAAGAGGACGAAAAAAAUAACCGUCCGCGACGCCGAGCCGAACCGGACCCGCAGCCACCAUGAACAGCAAAGGUCAAUAUCCAACGCAGCCAACGUACCCAGUGCAGCCUCCUGGGAAUCCAGUGUACCCUCAGACCUUGCAUCUUCCUCAGGCUCCACCCUAUACUGAUGCUCCACCUGCUUACUCUGAGCUCUAUCGUCCAAGCUUUGUGCAUCCAGGGGCUGCCACAGUCCCCACCAUGUCAGCUGCAUUUCCUGGCGCCUCACUGUAUCUUCCCAUGGCCCAGUCUGUGGCUGUUGGGCCUUUAGGUUCCACAAUUCCCAUGGCUUAUUAUCCAGUUGGCCCUAUCUAUCCACCUGGUUCAACAGUGUUGGUGGAAGGAGGGUAUGAUGCAGGUGCCAGAUUCGGAGCUGGGGCUACUGCUGGCAACAUCCCUCCUCCACCCCCUGGAUGCCCUCCCAAUGCUGCUCAGCUGGCAGUCAUGCAGGGAGCCAAUGUCCUUGUAACUCAGCGGAAGGGAAACUUCUUCAUGGGUGGCUCAGAUGGUGGCUACACCAUCUGGUGAGGAACCAAGGCCACCUCUGUGCCGGGAAAGACAUCACAUACCUUCAGCACUUCUCACAAUGUAACUGCUUUAGUCAUAUUAACCUGAAGUUGCAGUUUAGACACAUGUUGUUGGGGUGUCUUUCUGGUGCCCAAAUUUUCAGGCACUUUUCAAACUUAAUAAGGAACCAUGUAAUGGUAGCAGUACCUCCCUAAAGCAUUUUGAGGUAGGGGAGGUAUCCAUUCAUAAAAUGAAUGUGGGUGAAGCAGCCCUAAGGAUCUUCCUUUAAUCCCUCUGGAGUAAUACUGUACCAUACUGGUCUUUGCUUUUAGUAAUAAAACAUCAAAUUAGGUUUGGAGGGAACUUUGAUCUUCCUAAGAAUUAAAGUUGCCAAAUUAUUCUGAUUGGUCUUUAAUCUCCUUUUAAGUCUUUGAUUUAUAUUACUUGUUAUAAAUGAAACGCAUUAGUUGUCUGCCUUUUCCUUUCAAUCCAGUGUCCCAUGUCCCACCCCAAACCCCAGUCUACCAUUCCCUCCUACCAGUCUCCAUCGAAUCAAUGGUGCAGGACAGAAAGCCAGUCAGACUAAUUUUCUUCUUUCCCUGCACUUCUCCCCACUUGUCAUGUUUUAAAUAGUCAUUCACAAGGAUCCUCUGAAGCUCUCUGUGCUUUAGCACAGACCCCAUUACUUCUGCUUUUGCAUCUCCUCAGGCAAAAAUGGAGGGUGCCAUUUAGAUUUUUUUUUUUUUUUUUGGAGGGGGUCCCCUUCUCAUACAUUGUUGCCUCUCCAUACCAGAACCAGAUUUGCUCUGGUGCCAGAAAAACAGCUCAUAUCUGAACAAAAGGUAUCAAUGCAAACUGUACUUAAACAGUUUGUUUAAAAUAGGAGGGAUGAGAAGGAUUCAUUUCAAAAGCCUGGUGACUUUAGAGCCAAAUUAAGGGGAGUUUUCAGAUCAAAAAUUGGUUACCAUUUACUGUCAAUGUGUCUGAUGUAGCCACUCAUAGCUCCCAAGAAUUCCUCAGCUGGGUUAAUAGGGUCAUAUGGUGAAUGCUUCACUAUAAAAUGACUUGAGUCCAGUGACGUCUCAUUAGGGUGAAGAAUAUUUCAGGGAUCCUUAAUAUUUUGUUUUCUGAAAUUGGAUUUUGUUUUAUCUUAUAAUUUCAGUUCAUCUAAAUUUGUGUUCUGUACAUGUGAUGUUUGACUGUACCAUUGACUGUUAAUGGAAGUUCAGCGUUGUAUGUCUCUCUCUACACUGUGGUGCACUUAACUUGUGGAUUUUUUUAUACUAAAAAUGUAGAAUAAAGACUAUUUUGAAGAUUUGAAUAAAGUGAUGAAGUUGCAUUACACCUCACUCCAAGGAUUCUUUACUUAGCUUGCUUUUAGAUCUCUUCUGUAUUCUUUUAUAUUCUACUUAGAAUUCAGAGAGGUACUGUUGUUGUUCUGUUUUCGUUAAUCAAACCUUUGAAAUAAAUGCACUAGUAGAAGGCUAA